GUGAUUCAUACCUAUUAUCAGAAGUUUUAUCAGCUGAUAUAUCUUCCAAUUCAGCAAUAAUAGCUGAUCAAUUCACAUAUCUUCUGAAUUAUUGUCGUUGUCGAGAAUUUGAAAAUGAAAAUAAUGAAUUAAAGUGUGAAAAUGUCAAGUUAAAGAAGAAGCUUAAACAAUACGAAUUAUAUUAUCCAGCAUCAACUUCUGAUGAUGAUCAUUCAGCAAAAUGGCUCAAAACAUCUAAAAAAAAGAAAAGAGGCAAAAUACUAUUAUGUUAUACUAAUGAUAAUUCAGAUAACAACAGCAAUAACAGUUCAGAGGAUGAACUACCUAAACAUAGUGAAAAAGAAUACUGA